GGACUUUCUAUUUUCAUAGAGGAAGGGCGAGUGUUGAGGGAUAUUGUCGGAAGUGCUUACUAUAUUGCUCCCGAGGUGUUGAUGCGGAACUAUGGAAAAGAAAUAGAUGUAUGGAGUGCUGGAGUUAUUUUAUAUAUCCUUUUGAGUGGAUUUCCUCCCUUUUAUGCUGAAAUGGAGAAUGACAUUUUUAAAGCAAUCUUGAAGGCUCGGCUUGAUCUUGAAAGCAAUCCCUGGCCAUCAAUAUCUCCAAGUGCAAAGGAUCUUAUCAGGAAAAUGUUGACCAUGGACCCCAAAAAACGAAUAACUGCAGCUGCCGCCCUUGAACACCCAUGGCUCAAGGAAGAUGGUGACGCAUCAGACACACCUAUCAAUAGUGUUGUUCUGAUCAGAAUGAAGCAAUUUAGAGCAAUGAACAAGAUGAAGCAACUUGCUCUAAAGGUCAUUGCAGAAACCAUGCCAGAAGAAGAAAUUAAGGGGCUGAAAGAGAUGUUCAAGAACAUAGACACAGAUGGAAGUGGCAACAUCACGCUUGAUGAACUUAAAACUGGGCUGGCUAAGCUGGGCUCUAAGCUCUCAGAAGAUGAAAUAAAACAGCUGAUGGAUGCUGCUGAUAUUGACAAGAGCGGGACAAUAGACUACAUUGAAUUCAUCACAGUCGCAAUGCAUCGGCAUAGGCUUGAGAACGAAAGCAACUUGUUGAUGGCUUUUAAUCAUUUUGAUAAGGACAGAAACGGAUACAUUACCCGAGAAGAGCUGAGGCAAGCUAUGAAAGACUACGGAAUGGGGGAUGAAGCUACGAUUAGUGAGAUCCUUAAUGACGUGGAUACAGAUAACGUAAGAAAACGUGUACCCAAACCUUUUGCUCUGAAUACUGUAUUUGUAUACACUGAAAGUUUAUUAUGUAGGAUGAAAAGAUCAACUAUGAUGAGUUCAAACAGAUGAUGAGAAGGGGUACUGUAGAGAAUAAAGGCAAACAGUGAUAGGAGUAAUAUUAACGAUGCUGUUUACAUCAUUUUAAGUGAUAAAAGCUGGUUGCUUAAUAUUUUCAAUUUAUUGUAUAUGUUACAUUGGGUUUUGAUGGAUGUGCAAACACUGUAACCACCUUAAGCCAAUAACUCUUCCACCACAGAGUGUAAUCAAUGUAGAAAUAAUUUGUACCAAAUUUGGUUUAACAAUGUACAAGUGUUGAGGUCCAUUUUCCAAUAAUCUUCAUACUAGUUAUCC